UAGAAGGUGCUCGGUUUGGCAGAUAUUUUACAUUUAAAUACCUCUGCUAGAAUUGACAUAGGAUUUUAAGAGUGCUUCUAGGAUUCUAGUGACAUAUCAACAACAUUUGUACUCUCAAAAGGUUCUGGUUAAAGUGACACUACUGGAUUUCACGAGUAUUUUUAAAGUUCGUGACAAUAAGACUGCGUUGGUGUUUCCACACGUCUGCAAGUCAUCUUAUUACUGGACUAAAGCUACAUUACCCAACCACAGAGGCAAGACUACGUUAUCGAAGCCACGUGGGGGCGCACGGCGGGGCAGCUGAGUCACUGUCCAAACGGCACUUCGGCCACUCCGCCAGAGAGUACCACGUCGCCUUACUGGGGUGACCCUGAGGGGCGGCGCCCUAAUACCAUCCCGAACAUGACAUCCACCAACCUGCACGCGCCGCCCCGGGAGUGCAGCGCCUUCCUGCAGCCGUGUGACCCCAGUGACAGGUACCGCACCCUCACUGGACACUGUAACAACCUCCGCCACUACGUCCUGGGCGCCGCGGACACUCCUGUAGCCCGCUUGCUGCAUCCUGUCUAUGACGAGGCGUUGAUGAGGACCCGGGGCGUGGAUGGGUGUCUGCUACCCAACCCUCGUAAUGUCAGCCUGCACAUCCGCCACGUGCCCGCCAAGUACCAGCGUCUCUUCUCCACUCUCUUCAUGCAGAUUGGACAGUUCAUUGACCACGACAUCAUCCACACUAUGACCGUGGAGUCGGCAGUCAAAUCCCGCGAGUGUGGUGACUGCGAGGCGUGGACAAACCCGAUCUGCUUGCCAAUACCCAUCCCGCCAGACGACCCCUUCAUCCCACCCACCUACGCAGAGACGGGCAAGCGCAGGUGUCUCCCGGUCGUCAGGUCGCUGGGCAGAUGGCUACCGGACAGAAGGAACCACAACGCUUUCCGCCACAUUAACCUGAACACCGCAUUUCUCGACCUGUCCACCGUGUAUGGAAGCGAUCCGUGUAGGGAGAAGGAACUGAGGACAAGAACGGGCGGGCUGCUGCGGGAGUCUCACCACGCCCUGCCGCCCCUCGUGAACGCCAGUCGCUUCGUGGAGUGUCGCACUGAGAUGGGGCAAUGCUUCCUGACGGGGGAUGACAGAGCCAACGAGCACCUGGGCCUAGUGGUGCUUCAUGUGGUAUACUUCAGGGAACAUAACCGUAUUGCUCGAUCCCUCGCCUCCAUCAACCCUCACUGGAACGACGAGCGGAUCUUUCAGGAAGCGCGCAAGAUCAACAUAGCGCAGUAUCAGAAGAUGGUGUACCACGAGUUUCUGCCUCUUCUGCUGGGCCGCCAGAGGGCCAAACAGAUGGGCUUCAACAAUCAGACGGAAGGAUAUUAUGAGGGGUACGACGCCAACACGGACCCGAGCCUGAUGGAGGAGUUCACCAGCGCAGCCUUCAGGGUCGGGCAUGCCAUGAUACCCAACCACUUACUGCUGGUGGGCAAGAACUACCGGCCCUUCACCGCCAUGCCCCUCGUGCCCACCUUCCACAACCCGGGGGACAUCAUGCAGGACGGUAUGUACGACCAGGUGCUGCGGGGCAUGAUCCGGGCACGACUCGAGGUGAUAGACUUGAAGCUGACUGACGCCAUUUUGAACCACCUCUUCCAGCUUCCUGACGACCCCUUCUCCGGCCAGGACCUCAUGGCGCUCAACAUAGCCAGGGGCCGCGACCACGCCAUAGCGCCUUACGUGGAGUAUCUCAACAUGUGCGAGGGUCUCAACGUCACCACCUUCGAAGAGCUGGAGGAACGCAUGAAACCCGAGCCGCUACGGAACAUCCGCGACGUGUACCGGGAUGUGCGGGACGUGGACCUCAUCGUGGGCUCGUUGGCGGAGAGCACCAGUUCCAAGGUCAAGACCAUGGUUGGCCCCACGAUGCGCUGUAUCAUUGGCCUGCAGUUCCUCUACCUGAAGCGAGGCGACCGUUUCUGGUUUGAGAAUCGCAUUGCGGGGUUCACGCCGGAGCAGUUAACCUCGCUGCGACAGUCCUCCCUGAGCCGCGUGGUGUGCGACAGCUUGAACGGCACGGACGCCACGGCCCCGCGCAAGGCACUAAAGAUGAGCAGCAGGACUAACAGAGCCAGGAAGUGCAGCGAUCUGACGGGCACGGACCUGGAGUUGUGGAGAGAGGAACCAGGGAGCCAACCGCACAACCCCUCGGCGUGCCAGAAGGACCUAGUGUUUAAGUGGCAGGAAGGCUGGGUGGAGGAGGGCUGUACCUGAAGGCACUGUCACGCGACCAGUGGUUUCGGAGAAUAAGCGACGCCCUGUUUGUGUGUGUUUUAAUUUCAACUUUUCCAAUGUUUCACUAUUACAAAACAAAACCGGUUCGAGCAUGUGAGUCUUCGUUUUAGUUGAGUUUGUUGUCAGUUGUUGCUUUUAUAAUAAUGAUGAUAAUUGUUUAA